GAACAGACAAUAAAAAAAUUGGAACCGACAUUAAACAUAAAAUGUACAGACUAGAUUGUUAAUUAUAUUGCCUUAUAUAUUUCAACUAUGCCUUUUAUUUUGAAAAAGAAAAUCUGAGUUAGCUCUGCUAGCAUAAUAUCCUAAAAAAAUAUAUUACAUUAUAAUGAUAAAAAUUUGCAUAGUACUUUUGGUACUUGAAAUGUUAAUAGGACUUUCACCACUGAGCGGAUUUUACUUUCAAAAAUAGGGAUGAAAUACUGUUGUUUCAGAUUUAUAGUUAAUUUUGAUGAUUUUUUAUUCAGUCAGAAAGAUUAUUAAAUACCAACUGGCCCAGUGUGAAAUAUAAUUAUUACCAAAAACUUUCAUUAUAAAAGAAAAUAUGUGGUUUGUCAUUUUGAAUUAUAAUUUUUUUUAACAUCUGGAGACUAAGCAUACCCAGAAGUAAGAGGUCCUAAUCUGAAUUCUGUGUGUAUCUGAUCUAUAAAAUGCGACUCACAAAUAUGUAAAGCCACUCACAAAUGUAAUACAAGUCACAAAUCUGUAAAAUGCUGAUGACAAAUGCUGUGACAUUCACAAAUCUUUUGAACAUAAAUAAGGGUCUUACAUUUGUUUGAUAAUCAUCCUUUGUUUUUGGAUUUUAACGUUUGUGAAACUGUAUGCACAUAUUUUUAGAUUGUGAUUAUUAUUUGACAGUUUAAUUAUAUAUUUGUGACUCUCAGUAUAUAUUUGUGACUCGCUACUUACAAGUUAACAACAUUUUGAUAGAAAUCAAUCUGUAAGCAAAUUAAUGGAUACGGAAAGUAAGAAUGUAUUGUCUAAAAAGUCAUAACAGGUUCACAGAUCUAAUUUCUUGCUACUGUCCACAUUUACAAUUUAACUCUGGGCCAAAUACAGCACCUUCACAAAAUGUUCUUAAAGAUAAGGGCUUAAUUGAGGUCCCACCUCAUCUCAGGGGUUUUGUACAUGUCUGAUUUCCUUUUGUCUAAACAAUGUUAAAUAUGUUAAAAUAUGACCUGCUUAUUACUGAUUUACUACACACUAUUAUCACUUAUACUAUUUUAUGUAGUUUGUGUUGUAGCUAUUGGCAUUUCUUGUGUUUCGGUGUAUGGCCUUUAUGAUAUUGUGUUCAUUGUUUGUAUUCUCAGGGUUGUUUUCAAGCUGCGUUGUAUGGUGUGUAAAUAUUUACCUCUAAGGUUUAUACCAGUAGUCUUUAGUGCAUGUGAAAAAUAAAGAGUGAAUUAAUUUGAUGUGCGGACCAAUGUGCCUUUGAGUUGUUGGUUUUUCCAUUUCCCGUAAUUGAAUAUGGGGGCUCUCAAAAGUAUUUAACCCAUUGGACUUUUUCCAGAAACCAUUGUUUUUGUGUUACAACAUAAAAUCACAAUUUGUUUAAUUUGGAGUUUUGCCAUUGACAAACAAAAAAAAAGAUUUUUACUGGUAUUCUAGCCUCCACCAGGACUGAUAUUUUGAUCAAAUUACACAAAAUUGACAACAAAUGUUUAAUCUAUCUUCAGGACAUGUCAUACUGACAAAAGAAAAGUGUUAUUUCCAUAAGUAUAAAAUCUUUACUAUCAUCUGUAUAGUUGUAUAGUUGAAAGUUGACACUCAUUUACUGCAUUACUGAACAAUUUAAAAACUCCUAAAUUAUAUUUGUAAAGCAGCAAUGAUAGAAAGUAUUUACAUAAAAGAUGUACAAUGCCAUAUCGCAUCAGUAGCAUCAGAGACUGUUAAGUCAGUGACAGAAUUCGAAUAACUGGGCUUAUGUCACUACUUUUCAGGACAGCCGUCUGUAAGAAAUGUUUUGUCUUUUUUGCAGUAAUGCCUUCUUGAAAAUGUGAACUUUAAUGUGACUUAACAACAAACUAGUAUGUGAUUUGUAAAUGUGAAUACAUUUAACUAAAACCCUUGUUUAACCUGUGGAAAAUACAUGGCUUUUCCUUCCAUUGGCUGAGAUAAUGAAGGGGCUGGACAUGCAGACAUACUGAGUUCUGAUUGGUCUAUCAUGUUACAACCGUAAUAACACGACUGCAUGGUCAAUAAAUCGUUGUGAUCCUGGGAUUUUCAAAAAUGGGCAACUGUGAUCCCAUUGCUACAGCUGCGAGUCACAUCGCUGCCCUGAAUUUUGCUGGUUUUAUCAACAAGGUUGUGAGAUAUUACUUUCUGGAGUACUGUGAUGCCAUGACUCAGAAGAUGAAUGAUGACGACGAUGAGGAAAUCCCAGACUUUGAUACUGUUCAAAACUUACAGGCAAAAUUGAGGCAUUUCAUUGCAGUGCCAAUUGUGGAAAGAAAGCGCUAGCUCCUCUUGUAUGAAACAACUGUCCACGGAUUACAUUUACAAGAAAAUGACAAUCAUGGCAGUUAUGAUAUAGCGGCAAUGAAAGAUGCAUAGAUUAUUGGAGUAUUGAAAGCCUUGAGUGUGAAGCGAAAAAACGCGUUGUAAACACCGUCAACAGAAAAAACCAAGGACUUUGUAUGCAAUCAGAGGAUGUAUAAUUGUUUCAGUCUGCCGCGAAACAUUCCUACCUGUAUACGGGCGAGCGUAACGUUUGCUAAAUAUUUCCCUUUAAAAAUGUGUCCGUCGUUUGUAUUGCUAGUUAUCUAGCUAUAGCUGAUGACGUUACUGUUAACUAAUUGUUACUGGUUUUUUUUUACUUUGAGAGAAUUUUUUUUUAUUGAAUUAUCCCUUUGGUCAUUUAACUAUAGUUCAUGAUUCAAACAUGUGACUUCUAUAGGAUAGGCUCCCAACCAAAUAAACAACAACACUUUCUGAACCAGACUGGGUAAUUUAGGAACAAAAUAAAAGACAAAACAACAGUCUCCUGACUAGCUUCCCAAUUAAAAUAUUAGAAACUGCUAAAUGAGUGACCUUAUCAUGCUUUAUACAUUUAUACAAGUGCUUCAGUUUAUCAUAGUCAUGUAAUUCCUACUCCACCUCAUUUUUCUAUAUUUUAGUUAACAAAGUUCUUCUCCCCCAUUUUUACUACAACUCCAAGAUCUAAGUAUAUUUUAUGUCAUGUCCCCAAAUAAUCGAACCUUAAAGCCUUUGUGAGGACGUUGGGUUUAACAUUGGGUGUGCAUGUCUAGAUAUGUAAACACAUACAAAAAAAUCCAGCUUACUGUCAAUUUAGCCUACCAUAACCAUUUUAUUUAUUCAUUUGUUUUUCUUAUAGAGACCGUAGAGAAUAUUUAGCCUAAACUGGGAACAACUGUUUUACAAAUGUCAUCAUGAAUGUAGCACACAUUUUCUUUCUCUAUUUUUAUCAUUGAUGUCAUUAACUUUUAAAUCAUCAAACAUUCAGACAUACAGAACAAAUAGCACAAAUAAGCAGGUUUGCAGUUAGUAGUUAGUUUUGUUAUGCAGGCAGUUUGCAACAUUUGGACAAACACAACAUUUAAACGGACAUACACAAAGACAAUACAUUUAACAUUGGCCAGUGGAUUCUAACUUGAAGCAAGUCUUGGUCGUGUUUCAUAAUUUAGAAAUUGCCAGGCCAACAAGGGAGAGGAGGAGGCCAACAAGGGAGAGGAGAAGGUCCAGGAGGGAGAGCACGACAACCUCACACCAUCAUUACGGACGAGAUGCGAGCAACAGUCAUUGACCAUGUCAUUGUCCAUGGCAUGACAAUGGCUGAAGCAGGACUAAGAGUCCGUCCAAACCUGAGUAGGUUCACCGUGGCCACCAUUAUCAGGGCAUUCAGACAACACCACAGAGUUGAAAGAAUGCCACAUAGAGGUGGGAGGGUUGCCAUAUUUACAGCGGCACAAGAAACCCUCAUUGUGGAUAUGGUUCGUGAGAACAACUUCAUCAGACUCCGGGAGAUCAGAGACAAAGUCAACUUUGAGAGCAUUGAUGAUGUCAGCUUGGCCAUAAUAGACCGAGUUCUCCGGCGCCAAAAGAUGCGGAUGAAACAGGUCUAUAGGGUUCCCUUUGAGCGCAACUCUGCGCGACACAAAGACCUACGUUACGAGUAUGUGCAAAGGAUAUUACAGUUGGAUGCGAUGGCCAGACCUCAUGAGUACCUCUUCUUGGAUGAGGCUGGCUUCAACCUGCAGAAACAAAGGCAAAGAGGCCGUAACAUCAUUGGCCAAAGAGCCAUCACUGAGGUUCCUGGCCAAUGGGGGGGUAAUAUUACUCUUUGUGCGGCCAUGGGUUUGGAGGGGCUUGUCCACCGGCAUGCUGUCCUUGGGUCUUACAACACCCAACGUCUCCUCACCUUCCUAGAGGAGCUAAAAGACAUCCUCCUGGACCGCCAACAACACCAUCCUGGGCCCGCACAUCACAUUUAUGUGAUCAUUUGGGGCAAUGUAUGCUUCCACAGAACAAACCAAAUCAGAGAUUGGUUCACCACCAACAGUAACCACUUUUUAAAUGUCUGUCUGCCACCUUACUUCCCUUUCCUGAACCCUAUAGAGGAGUUCCUCUCAUCGUGGAGAUGGAAGGUUUAUGACAGACAACCAUACACUAGAGAGAACCUCCUAAGGGCAAUGGAGCUGGCCUGUGUUGAUAUCCCAGUGGAGGCCUUCCAAGGAUGGAUUCGCCAUUCCAGGGCGUUUUUCCUGCGGUGCCUGGCAAGAGACAAUAUAGCCUGCGAUGUGGAUGAGAUGAUGUGGCCCAAUGCAGCUCAGCGACAUGAUGCCGCACAGUGAUUGUGGUGUGUGUGUGGUGUAAAUAAAGUAAAUAAAAAAACUUCACACCCUGAUCAUGUUUUCAAGAGUACUGUUGUGUGCAAUAGAUUCUGUUUUUGCAUUGAGUUGUGUUACAGUAGUGUACAUGCAGAAUUUACUAUAGAUUUAUA